AUGUGGGAAGUCUUUCAGCUAUUGCUGGUUGUUAUUCUUCAUAGAAUCAUAGUUGUGUUUAGACAACAGCAGAUUUGUAGUACUUUGUAUUCAGUUUGGUUCUAUCAAAAAGUUUGUAGAACUUAAAGGGACACUGAUAAAUUAGUCAGGAAACCGAAACUCUGGAGAAUUGGCUGUAAGAAAAGUCAUGGAGAGCAAGAAGACAGAAGUAGAAGUGGAAUUGGAGAAGAUCACCAAGGCUGAGGACAAAGAGGAGAAGGAAAGGCAGGUGACAAAAGCUACAUCUUCUAAAACUGAAGAGGAGGUUGUAGGGAAAGGGAAUGUAUACUCUACUCUAAGCAUCCCAUCUGAGCAUGUCUAUAGUGUUCCAUCUUCAACUCGACCUUCUUGUACAGUCAAUAAAGACACAUCACCAGAUAUUCACAGGAAGGUUCGUGUUUACCGCAUCAUUUCAGUGGUUCUCUUUGUCAUCUGCAUCCUGUUGAUGAUUGUGGUCCUUGUACUGUUUGUGAAGUUGAAUGGAAAGCAGCCAUGUGAGAUUGUUCAAGACAUUGACAGGACUCCACUGGUCCAGGAAUGUACCUUGAAGAAAUGCCAUGGGUUACACGAACAGCAAUUGGUCGCUGACAGCAAUCAGUGUGUGUGCAGUGAUUGUGGCAGGGACUGGCUGCAGUUCGAGAAUUCUUGUUAUUUCCUGUCCCAAGACCGUCUUUCCUGGCAGAAAAGCAGGGAGGAGUGCCAGAGGAAGGGAGGAGAUCUUGCCAUCAUUACUAAUGAACAUGUGCAGGGGUAUCUGACUGAGAAAGGGAAGUUGCAUUACUGGAUUGGGCUAAAACGUGUGGGGACAAAUCAGUGGGAAUGGAUUAACAACAAUGUAUUGACAGUGAGAUAUUGGGGAGAUAAUUCCUCCAGUGGGGACUGUGCUCUCAUAGCUACAGAUGAACCACUUGAACGGAACUGGUACGCAGACUCCUGCAGAAUAUACUCACAGUACAUCUGUCAGAAGAGCUUAAGAUCUGCUUAGCAUGUUACACUAGUUCGAAAUCGAAAUCGAAAUUACCUACAUAUCAGGACAUCAGAACUCAACUCUUAUACAAUCAUUAAUCCUUUUCUCUAAAAAAGUCCAGUCAAAUGUAAUGAGAAUUUCACCAUCAACAUACAUUGCACAGCUUUUUUGUAUUGACCUGUUUCAGUGACGUCACUUUUUCCCCGCAACCGCCAUAUUUGUGACCAUCAGUGGGUCAAAACAACGGCGGUGAAUGGAAAAACCCAUAAAAUAAUAACAAGAAAAACCUAAAAAAACCCGCUUUUGAUCCAUGCAAAGUCCCAGGAGAGGUGUAUACAGGUCUGAAGUCAGCACAAAUAUUUCCAAAUUUGACUUUAGCGGACAUUUAAACGUAUUUUAACCACAAUUCAUCUCCGUACAAUGGCGAGUCUGAUGUGUGACCGGCGAGUGCACGUCUACCGGUACAUCACCGUAAACAUUUAUCAUUCAGAACAGAAAUGUUUGUGUUGUUUUCUGCUCUGAUUUGGUCAAAAUAUUACAAAACGUCUGUGAUGAUCCCGUUUGUAUGAAUGUAAGAGCUGCUUUUAACUCCUGAAGAAUACACAGAAAGCAACCGAGGCAUAUUAGUGUGAAUAUAGUCUGUGCUUCAUGAUCUUAUGAUGUGUUGUUUAUUGACUAACAUUAGUAUAUACAUUAUAUACUAUAUAUUCACAUUACAGAGCUUUUUUAUUUAUUACAAUGUUUUACAAUUAUGACAUUCUGGGUGUAUGAAUUACAUCAUCCUAUGUGCAUUUCCAGUUUGUUUCUGAAUUGAUGGUUUUAUAAAUAUAAUUGACACGUGUACAGAUAACUGACAUGUCUGAAUAAAUGAGCAAAGACCAACAAGUGUUUUUAUCCCUCCUCUCCCCCUUCAUUGCUGCUUGACUUUGGCAAAAUGAAGCCGUGUCACUAAAAGAUAAAACUCUAUUGAAAUAAAAAUGACAUUUUGGCUCUGGUAAGUAAACACUUGUAUCACCUUUUUAUGAUUUAUAAAUAGAAACAAAAAUGUAGCCUGCAUUUGCUGCAUCCCACAGCACAGCAAAAUGAAGAAAUAUGGAAUUUUGGUCACAAACAUGGCAGCGUGAUCAUACGGUGACGUCACAUGAAACAGGUCAAUAACAGGCAUUACAUAGUGAAGCUUUAUAGGGCAGAAAAAAAGUUUGUCCAGCUUAUUUGUCAGUAUUAUCACUGAACUAAUACAAUUUAACUGUUGUGAUCAUAUAUACAAAGCUUGUUUAUUUGCACUAAACAUGUCUAAUGUCCACACAAUAUUUAACUUAAGUAAAUGCCUGAAUUGCACAUUCAUUCUCUAGUUUGUAAUGUCUCUUUUUGUAUUGCUUUAUUAAACGUCUACCCUUAUAUUUAACAAUA